GAUACUUCCGCUUCCCAGCUGCUCCCCAGGAUGACAACUAGCGAUGAGAUGGGCACCUUCUGCCACGACCACAUUCAACAUCCGCUGAUGUGGUGCGACGACAAGAAGCGCCUGGUCGAACGCAAGAAUGCCGAGGAGAGUCUACGAAUGUGGCGUCGUCGCAAGGCAGAGGAAAGUGCCCGCAAGGAAAAGGAUAAGCAGGAGUACUACGAUUUGUUUCUGCAGCACUGCCCGUGGGGCAGGCCAGGUGGCGGGGCGCCCAAUGUGGAGGUGCGACGUAAGGACAUUACCGCAGUCGGACUGCACUCGACGCCCACAGUUACGACCGCCCAUCGCAUCAACUCGCUGCAGCCUUGUCGCUACAAUGACUACUUCACCAUGCAGAAAAAGUGCCACAAAAAUCCAUUGGCCGCCUAUCAUCAUCAUCAUCACCACCAUCCGCCGCCGCCUGUGGCGGGCAGCCGCCUUACUCACGCCCAUUCAAUUCAUCAUCUGCAAGAGAGCGGCCCUCGGAGUAGUACUGUGACCAUCUGUGAGCGGGAGCAUCCGCUCAAGCCUGGCGCCAGCCUGGGCCACAAUGCCAACGGGCACGUGGACAUUGAGCUGCGCUACAGGCCCUCGCCGCCCUGCAAGGGCAAGUCGAUGCUCGACAAGAUUGUGGUCAACAGUGAGAGCGAGCACCCGCUCCAGGAGAAGCUGGCGAACCAGAAGAAGAAGUUGCAGGCGAAGCUGGAAAAGCCGCCCUGCAAAGAGCCGUGGGGCAAGGCCGGCCCGGGUGGCAAGCCGUGGCGCAGUCCCAAACAAGUAGGCAACACUUUUAUGAAGUCGCUGGGCUGGACAAACAAAGAAAUGCUUAAGGAGCUGGACCAGGACAAUCCGGUGACCCCCGCUGAGAAGAACACGUUCCGCAAAUCGAGAGUUAACAAGCCACCUAAGCCGCAGCGCUGUUGCGAGCUAUGCACCUGCACCUGUCCCGCCAUGAACGGCUCCAAUAGUCCUCUAAAACCAUCCAGAAAGACACCAGCGCCGCCUGCGUGUGGCCUGCGAUCCCCGCCCAAGGAGUGCAAGCCCCUCAAGCUCUGCCCCCAGCUGCCUCGCGGUCUCUGCGCGGGCAGCACCGGCAACAGCACCUCGAUAGCUACGCCGGAUGGCAACAUGGACAACGGCGGAGGGGGCGUUGAGCUGGUGCCAUUGCUGGCGCGCAGGCGCGGACUGCACCGACCCAUCAGCCUCUCCAGCACGGAUGUGACCAAGAGGACGCCCUCGCAUGAUAGGUACGCACCACCCAAGCACAAGACAAAGUCCAACAAAGAGCAGAACAUCAGUAACAUCAUCAAAAACAUUAGUCACAUCAAGCGUCAUUCCAAGAAUCUCAACUGCAAGCUGCAGUGCUGCAGUUGCAACUGUGACAAAGCCCCGCCUCGAGCACCAGCCUGUUGCCUCAAGCGUCUCACCCUGCACAUACGUUAGUCCUGGUCCUGGUCCAAACUGUUGUAUCUGUGUAUCUUUGUUGUCUUUGUGUUUGCCCAUG